CUUUCCUUCUUCUCCUCUAUAAAAAAAAAAAAAAAACAAGAAGCUUGUUAUAUUACUAUAAUAUAGUUUUCUGACAACAAAAGGGAGAGUUGAGUGAAGCUUAUGAUCCUACAUUGACUUGGGAAUUGGAAUCAUUCCUGGGAUCCUCAUGGAAAAUAAAAAAACUGUACAUUUAAAAGCAAAUCACCUUCUGAAAGCAACAUUUCUUCUUCUAUUCUCAGUGUUAGAAUUCCCUUCUUUCUCUCAUGGUUUUUCCAUGGAAUUCUAUGCAUUUUCAUGUCCAGGUGCGGAAUUCAUUGUUAGAGAUACUGUGAGAUCAGCAUCUUCCACUGACCCAACUAUUCCGGGGAAACUUUUACGACUUCUCUUUCAUGACUGCUUUGUCGAAGGAUGCGAUGGAUCGAUUUUAGUAGAAGGAGAUGGGACAGAAAGAGCAGAUCCAGCAAACAAGUCUCUUGGAGGAUUUGAAGUCAUAGAGGCGGCUAAAAGAGAGCUAGAACUGUUCUGUCCUGGAGUUGUGUCAUGUGCUGAUGUUGUUGCACUUGCUGCAAGGGAUGCUGUUGUCAUGUCAGGAGGACCAGACAUUCAAAUGCCAACUGGUAGGCGAGAUGGAAUGGUGUCUGCGAUGUCAAAUGUCAGGCCCAAUAUUAUUGACACAAGUUUCACAAUGGAUAACAUGAUUAAGAUUUUCAGCUCAAAAGGGUUAACUGUGGCAGAUCUAGUCAUCCUCUCAGGUGCGCAUACCAUUGGGUUAGCUCACUGCAACACUUUCAGCGACCGUUUCCAGAUUAAUUCCAAAGGAAACCUCACAUUUGUUGAUUCAUCUCUUGACGAAAAUUAUGCAUCAAAGUUGGCAAAAAAAUGUGCAGCAAGCACAUCCGCAAUGGUUAACAUUGACCCCAAGACAGCUUUCUCAUUCGACAAUCAGUACUACAGCAACCUUAAAGCAAAACAAGGACUCUUCCAAUCAGAUUCUGUCCUAUUUGAUGACCAAAGGACAAGAGACUUGGUUGAGCAAUUUGCUAGCGACUUGAACAGUUUUUAUGAGGGAUGGAGUGAGUCAUUUUUGAAGCUUAGUAGUAUAGGAAUUAAAACUGAUGCUGAAGGUGAGGUUCGACAAAUUUGUUCAAGGACAAAUAGGUGAGCAAGAAAACAAACAACUACUGUGUGGUAAAAAUCUCAUAGAACCUUUCCUGAAGCAAACACUGUAGAGUUUGUAUGUAUUGCAUAUAAUUUUUCGUAAACAAAACUUCUGGAAUCA